UACUGUAUUCUAGGUACUACAGUUUCAUAGUGCACUGUUCUUCUAUCUAAGUUUUUUUUUAUCAUACAUAUAAAAACAGACCUCGUCCUCACAUUUUAAUUCUCUUUGCAUAAUGGUCCUCUUGCAGGAUUUAUUUUCUACAGUGCCAGGGCUUGGACUGUAGAGAUGCCAAGCAAUAUCAAAGGGAUGAAAGGUUCCUGCCUUGUCAUCCCUUGCAGAUAUGAUUACUAUCGUUAUCCACCCCGGAGACCAGACCGUGUGGUUUGGUACCAGUAUGUGAGCAGAGGAUAUCCUUUGGUCUAUGACAACUGGUAUUCAUAUGAUGUCAUUCAGAUAUUUCGAGACAAAACAAGCAGAUAUACAUCUACAUAUAGCAAAGACUGCAGUCUCCAAAUCAACCCAUUGGAUUGGUCUCACCACAGACAGAAAAUCUACCCCUGGGUAGAUCCAGAAAAUGUUGGGAGUAGUACCUACCGAUUCUUUGAUACAACCGUAACAAUUGAAGUAGUGGACAGGGCAGAGAAGCCAGAUAUUGUGAUCUUUGGAGAAAUGAAGAUGGGAAAGUCUGUGACUGUGCAAUGCACUGUUUAUCACACCUGUCCAUCAUAUCCGCCAAACCUGAGUGUCAACAUCCCAGGACACCACCGUCUUACUCCCAGUUCCCUGUCUGAUGGCACAUCCAAGAUCACCUUGACAGCCACUAUGAACAUAGAGAGUGAUCAGCAAACUGUGGAGUGCCUUGUUCGACACACUGGUGGUCUCACUGCAAAGUCAUCUAAAACCUUAAAUGCUGAGUGCAUACCCGGAACUGACCACUUCAUGGACACUCUGGUAUCUGAUGAGAUUUGGGAGAGGAAAGUGGAGCGAACUUGGACUGUAACAGAGGAUAACCAGGAUGUGACGUGUAGUGUUAAGUACCAAGGUGGUCAGACAGCCACAAAUGAGCUCAAGCUCAAUGUCGAAUGUCCAUUUGAAGAUAUCAGGAUGGAUGAGUGGCAAGGCGAGGCAACAGAGGAUGUGGCAAAAAGUGUGAUUUGCUCUGUGUCCUACAAGUGCAAGAAAAAUACACCAGUCAUCGUGUGGAAUUACGAAAACAUGCAGAAUUCACCAAAUUCUAAAAGAAUCUCCAGCAACACCUUUAAAACUGUGUCGAAUCUAACCUUCAUUGGCUCUCUAGAGGAUGACGGUAAAUCUUUGACCUGCACUGCUCGGUUUAUGACUGGGGAGACCUCAGCCUCUGCAAUCCUUCAUAUAAAAAAAUAUGUGGAAGAAACGGAUCCACAUGAAAAAAACUUGCUAAGCAAUCUGGCUGCUACCGUCCCUUCCAGAUUCAAGGCCCUUACACGCUCCUGUGUGGUGAUUCCCUGCAGCUUCCAGCACCACGACGAUCUGCCUAUGACACGUGGGAUCUGGUCCAAAAAAGCUGGGGGUGUUGUCUAUCAUAAUGGCCGGAGUAAUGUGCUUGACCAUUUCAAGGAUCGCACCAGAAUAUUAGGAGACUUGAGCGAGGGAAAUUGCACACUUGAGAUUGAUGACAUCAAGCCCUUUGACAAUGGGCCCUUCUGUUUCCAUGCAGAGAGACAAAACGACAAAUACAAAUUCAGCAACAGCUGUGUUUUUAUUAUUAUGAAAGCUUCCCCAGAAAAGCCAGUGAUAACCCCAGUCCCAGCAGAAGUCGAUGCUGGCUCAACAGUCUCUGUCUCGUGUUCUGUGACGCACACGUGUCCCUCACAUCCUCCAGUGUUUUCAUGGAGUGUCCCUCACUUCACCAGUAAGAUCACACACACUGAGACAACACAAGGCAUCUGGGAGACAACUUCCACCAUCACUUUCAUGGCUGCUGGAGGAGACGGAGUCCAAAGCCUAAACUGUACUGCCACUUCCUGGCGCGGCAAGCAACAAGCCAGCACAGUCAAACUGAACGUGAAGGGAUCCCUGACGUACCAGUUGAAAAGAACUCUCCAAGUAGUUAUCCCAGUCUCAAUUCUAGUUUUGAUUAUAAUCACCUUAGCUGCAGUGUUUGGAGUGGUCAUCUAUAGGAAAAGGAGGCAUACUAAUGACUCUCUAACACCACCACCUCGGCCUGAGAAAAGGAGAUCGCUAUGGGGUAGAUUAUCCAGGAGGUCCAUUUGGAGCAGAUUUUCCCGUAGAGUGGAUGAUGAUCACGUUGGUUGGCACGCUGAGAGAAAACCCAGAAACAACAUCACCACUAAAAAUUGUGACACUCCAAUCGCUAAGCAACGUUUUCCAUCCCCAAAGAAUAAUCGGAGACCUCCUCGCCCCGUCAAGCCUGAAGAUAACUGUGCAGUGGAUUACAAUGUGUAUGGCAAUAUUUGAGUUCUUCAUGAUACCUUCUGCUCCACGACAAUGAUGUUGUUAUUAUUUUACAUUUAUAUAUACACAGUACACAGUGGUAUGUGUGUGUGUGUGUGUGUGUGUGUGUGUGUGUGUGUGUGUGUGUGUGUGUGUGUGUGUGUGUGUGUGUGUGUGUGUG